AUGAGUAAACAGUUUGCAAAUAAGCACAUAAUGACUGAGUCAAAGUCAUGUAACACCACAAGGGUCCCGAUCAACCAGGCUAUGCGCAAGUGUAAGGAGUCAAACACCUUUCUUCAUGUCUCUCUCAAAGACGUGUAUAAGGUCUGUGAUUCUAAACCCAUCAGUUGCAAGAAUGGAGCCCAGUUGUGUCACAAGAGUGAAAACCUUGUUGGUAUGACUGCAUGCAAUAUCAAGAUAAAAGAUGAAACACUAGAGAAGUGUACUUACAACGAGAUGAAAGUGAAUGAUUACUACACUGUGGCAUGUAUUCUUCCAGGUAGUAGCACUAAGUUGACCCCUUCUCACUUAGACUAA